AUGGAGGGAAAUGGCAAUUCAACCUUAACAGUGGAGGGUGAUGUCCCACAACCAGUAAAGUCGAAGUCAUUUCAAAGUUUGUCAAACUAUGGUAAGGCACUACUGAACACCCCGUUAAGACUAAUGGAUCGGGUCAUGACCCGAUCCACGGAUGAAAUGGAGUUGGUGGAAGUGAAGAAGCGAAGCCAGCAUGAAAUGAAGAAAAAGCUUUCAUGGUGGGACUUGAUAUGGUUCGGUAUGGGUAGUGUCAUUGGUUCGGGUAUCUUUGUUCUCACAGGACUUGAGGUUAAGAACGAUGUGGGGCCCGCUGUUGUGUUGUCCUACGUUAUUUCCGGCAUCUCAGCCAUGUUGUCUGUCUUUUGCUACACUGAAUUUGCUGUGGAAAUUCCUGUGGCAGGUGGUUCAUUUGCUUACCUCAGAGUGGAGCUUGGUGAUUUUGUAGCCUUCAUUGCUGCAGGGAACAUUAUUCUUGAGUAUGUGAUUAGUAAUGCUGCAGUGGCACGCUCGUGGACAUCCUACUUUGCAACUCUCUGCAACAAAGACUCUGAUAAGUUUCUCAUCUUAGCCAAUGGCCUCGCAGAUAGCUACAACAUGCUUGACCCCAUUGCUGUUGUUGUUCUCUCCAUUGUUUGUGUCAUUGCUGUUUUGAGCACAAAGGGUUCCUCACGUUUCAACUGA